AUGGACGCUGCCGCACCCCCCCAUCAAGACCCCUCGGGUCCCCCGUCCCUGCUGGCCUCUUCUGGCUCAGCUUCUGCUUCUGCUUCUGCUUCUGCCUCGGCGACGGCCCAGCAGACGUCCUCCUCGCCUGGGCCUGCCUUCCGCACCGGCAAGCACAAGUCCUGCGACGCCUGCAAGGCCCGCAAGGUCAAGUGUCCCAUAUCCGCCCAUCUGCAGCUUGGCAGGCCAUGUACGAGUGCCACUACCGGUGGGGUCCUCCACGAUGCAACGCUUGACGGGGUGGUCUCGGACGCUGUGCACACGCCGGAGGCUUCGCCGCUGCGCUAUGUCAAUGCUCUUCAGCCGGCGAAGCCGGGCGAUGCGCGCUCAGAGGCAUCAGGAGCUCAGACGCCGACUGCCUCACAACCGGAUGCUUACAGCCACGAUGGCAUCACCUGUGCAGAUGCCGAUACCAUCCCGAUGCUGUACAUUGAUCACAUGCUCGCGCGGGCGCAGCACCAGACGCUCGGCAAGGAGUACACGCCUCUGACAAAGGGGAACGGCAUCUUUGGCAAGUCCUUUCUCUACCACACGCGUGGCAGCUACAGUCUCACCUUCUUCUCCGAGGGCCGUCUGCUCUCGCUCUCGUCGCGGCUGCAGAACAACAAGGUCAGCGAGCUGGUGCACCGCAUCAAUGGGGUCAUCGUCAGCCGUCUGCGUCGCACCGAGCCGACGGCCCAGGAACCGCUGAUGAUGCCCAUCACGCCCUUGGCCACGGACGGCACGACCGACGUCGACAGCGCGGCCGCCCUGCCCAUCGUCGACCCACCGUUUGCGGCCGCCUGCAUCCGCAGCUACUUUGACAACGUGCACAGUCACUACCCCUUUCUCGAUCAGGCCUCGUUUGAGCGUCGCGCCGCCGAUGCCGACCUGGCCCGCAGCCUCGCCAACAGCCGGGCCUGGUCCUCGCUCUACCACGCCGUCUUGGCCAUCGGUUGCCACUAUACCGACGGCGGUGGUGGCAACGGCAGCUUUGAGCCCGGCAAGGGCACGGCCUGGCGGCUCUUCAGCGUCGCCCUCGGUCACUUCUCCGAGCUGCUCAUCCUGCCCGACUCGCUCAUCACCCUGCAGGCCCUGACGGCCAUGGCUAUCUACGGGCUCGACGUGGCCUGUCUCUCGAUCGAGCGCGUCCUGCUGUCCGAGGCCGCUCGUCGGGCUCAGAGUCUCGCGGCCGCCAGCAGCAGCAGCAGCGGCGGCGGCGGCGGUGUCGGUGCCAACAGCGGCAGUGCCGGCGGGCUCAUCAACCCGGCUUCGUCUGCCACCUUCCAGCGCACAUUUUGGGUCCUGUACGGCAUCGAGAAGGUCAUGAGCUUCCACUUUGGCCGCAGCUCGUCGUUUGUCGACAGCGACAUCUCGUGUCCGCUACCAACCAUCCCGGCCGUCCGGCUGGACGAAGAAGACGAUGGCGACGGACCCGACAACGAGACACACCAGCCGACACCGCCGCAGCAGACGGCCCCGCAUCGGAAGCCGCAGUACCUCGACUGGUUCCUCAUCUGGAUCCGCCAUGCCCGUCUGCUCUCGCGCACGUACACGUCGCUCUUCUCGGUCGGCACGUCGUGCAACUCGGCGGCCAGCAGCCUGGCCACCAUCGACCAGCUGGCUGCCGAGGUCGAGGAAUGGCGCCAGUCGAUCCCGGACGUCCGCUCGCUGCGACCACAACCCGGACCUGGCACCAGCCAUACGGCCCACCAUCGGCGCCAGCGUCACCGGGCCACAGCCACCAGCAGCCGCGGCUCGCGCGACUUUGAGCAGGGCACCACGCUCGCCCUCAGCUUUCUGUACCACAGCUAUGCCCUCAUCCUGGCGCGUGCCCGUCUGCACCACCAGGCCCGGCUGACCGGUCCCCAGGCCAUGGCACCGGCCCAGCUGCUGCAGCAGCAGGCGGCCAGCGAGCAGGUCAUCACGACGUCGUGCCGCGCCAUCCUGGAGCAGACGCCCUUUAUCGAGAUCGAGCCGUACACGCCGCUCUGGAUCCUGGCCGUCGCCCCGCUGUCGUCGCUGCUGGUGCUCUUCGACUUUGUCAUCCACCAUCCGGCCGGGCCCGACGCCGCCUCCCAUCUGGUCCUGCUCGACAUGGGCUCCGGCUACUUUAGCCGCAUCGAGUACACCAGCGGCGGCACUUUGCCCGGCUCGCUCGUGUCCGAGUUUGUCCACAUCGCGCGCGAUUAUGUCAACGGCCGUCAGCACUACGGCAGCGGCCACGGCGACGGCCCCGGCUCCUCGCAGCAGCCCCUGCCCAUACUACAGCCGCCGCUGCCGUCUCUGGUCAGCCCGACGAUGCCCGACGCUGCCGAGACGGCCCAAGCUCAGUCGAUGGGCCUCGUCGACACGUCGGCUCUCGCGGCUGUCGACUGGUCAGCCGUCACCGCUGCUGCCUCGUCUGUCCCUCCGUCUAGCGCCGGCACGCUCGUCGCGCCAGGUGGCGUGUCUGGCUACAGCGACAGCUUCGGCUACGGCUACAUGGGCUCCGGCAACGGCGCUGGCGACUUCUCAGGCACCGACGUCAUGGGCCUCUUCAGCUACCUCUUGCCCGAGAUGGACUCGAUGCUCUAUCAGGGGAUGGCUGACCAGGGAUUUGAGUAG